AUGGAAAGUCGCCAACUACCUCUUGCUUCUUCCUCUGCGGCGACACUGGUCCGCCACCCUUUCACUUCAUCCUCCACGACGCUGGGACGUAGUUCCACUGACGAUGUAUCAACCCAGGAGGGGUUGUACGCCGACUUCGAUGACCCGGACCAGUCGUCCGAGUUACCUUCCCGCCCAACUGCUGACGCCUGUGACGCUUCAAGUUCUUUCAAACCGGACAAAGUUGACCGCCUAUCUUUUCCGCUUCGAGUCGUUGGGAGGAGUCUAGCAUUUCGCCGCCUCCAAAAAGCUGGGGAAGAACUUCCCAGAUGUCUGAAGCUACUACAGUCUACCCACGCAGACGCUCAAGUCGACUUGGAAGAGGCUGAGAGAUUGCGCAAAAAACGAGAGAAAGUUGUCCAAUCUACACUUGAGUAUUUUUCAAAAAUGCGGUCGAAAAUUGACAUGGCCAUUGGCGGCGAAAGGUCGUUACCUGACGGGGGAAAAGGGGGAAAAGGAAAGGGACGCUCUCAGGAUGAUUUCAGUCUAUUAUCUCGCUUGAAGACAGAGUCCCACAGUUCAACCCACCCGGGCGUAUGA